AUACAUAGUGCUUUAUGAAACGUAUUGUGUAUCAUAUAUAUAAUGGCAUAGUAGUAAUUGUGUACGUUAUUUAAAUGCGCGUACAGAGUACGUGGAACUUUCAACCAAAUUAAUAAUAGUUCUCCUUAACAAAUAACUGUCUUGCUUCUCGAAAAAGCAUCUUUAAAUUUAGCACUUGAUACAUUUUUCGACAUUAUGCGCACCAGCUGAUUUUGACAGCCGCAUCACAUCCGAUAUCUUUACGUGUUUCACUACAAGACUUUCGUAACUGUUUUAUUCACUUUGUGAGCAACUAGCGAUAAAAAUACCUUAUCCUAAGACGAUUAACGAAUGGUGAUCGAGAUAAGAAUUACGGUGAAAAAAUAAACGAUAAUAGAUUGCUUAAUAGUAUAAAUAUUAUUGUGGGGAAUAGUAAAAUGUCUAUGCAGAGUCAUUCAAAAAUUUUAACACAAUUGAAGGAUUAUUUGAAUAAAUCUGGUUAUAAUAAAAAUUUACAAAUAAUUCUAUUCAAGAAUUGGCUUGAUUUCUUGCAAAAAGUGACAUAUUCACAAAUUAAUGCUUUGAAAAGAUUCUCGCCAACUGAACUGUGGAAGAUUACGCACGACGAUAAAGCGUUAAGCUCUGACCAGUCCGAUAAUAACAAAACGUCUACUGAGAAGAUUACAUUACAGUCUGGAAAAGGUGAAACAUUAUCGGCCGAUUAUAUUAAACAUGAGAAAGAAAUUUGCAAGGAAACAAUGAUUAAUGGUAACGUGCCAACUGACACGAAAACUCAUGCUUUCUUUCAAGCUUUUGAUAUGUUCAUAUUUAAACUAACUGUUAAAAGUAAAGCAACUAAGUUGAUUGUUCAACCAAAGUGGAAGAUAAAUGUUCAGAAAAAUAUACCAAUGCAUAGUAUUGCAUCUAGAACGCGUCAUAUUUUAAACAGUAUUGUAAGUGCUGAGUCCAAUGCUUCACGCUGGAGAAGAAUUGAAGACUUUUUAUUACACAUUGAUCAAUAUCCUGAAGCAAGGCAUUACGCUAUAAAAGAAGGUGCAAUUCAACUGUUGUUAAACAUUCGCCAUCGAACUAAAGAUGAAGAAAUAAUGGCAUCUGUUCGAGAAGCAUUAGCAGUAUUAGGUUAUACCGAUCCACUGCCUGGUAAAGGUAUUAGAAUUCUUUCUAUUGAUGGAGGCGGUAUGCGUGGUGUAUUAGUCAUAGAAAUGUUGAAGAAACUUGAGGAGUUAACAGGCAAGAAAACGUACGAGAUGUUUGAUUAUAUAUGUGGUGUGAGUACAGGAGCAAUUCUUGCAGUUAUUUUAGGACAUAAACGAAAAUCAUUAAACGAAAUAUCGGAAUUAUACAAGGAAUUAAGCGCUAAAGUAUUCACUCAAAGUGCUAUAAAAGGUACAAGUAAUUUAGUAUGGAGCCAUGGAUAUUAUGAUACUGCACUGUGGGAGAAAAUAUUGCAAGAACAUUUGGGAGAUAAAACCCUUAUAAAAACUGUACGUGAUCCAACUGUUCCAAAGUUUUCAGCUAUAUCAGCUAUAGUAAAUCAUGCGCGUGUAAUGGGUUAUGUAUUCAGAAAUUAUACUUUGCCAUAUAGAGUGGAAAGUCAAUACAUAGGAUCUCACAAACACAAAUUGUGGGAAGCUGUAAGAGCGUCUGCGGCAGCGCCUAGUUAUUUCGAAGAGUUUAAACACGGUGAAUACCUUCAUCAAGAUGGAGGUAUACUCGUAAAUAAUCCAUGCGCUGUUGCUUUACACGAAGCCAAACAAUUAUGGCCAAAUAAUCCAAUUCAGUGUGUUGUUUCAUUUGGAACUGGACGAACGCCAAACCGAAUUUAUGAAAACAAUAAUGACUCUAUGGAUGUUGUGAUUUCAAGUUGGAAAGAUAAAUUUUAUAAAAUUUUAGAUAGCGCAACUGAUACGGAAGCUGUACACACGAUGCUUAACGAUUUGUUACCGGAACACGUUUAUUUUCGGUUUAAUCCGUACUUGACCGAAAUGUUGUCAAUGGUAGAAAUACGUCCUGAAAAAAUUAGUCAGUUAGAACAAGAUGCAAAGAUGUACGUACGCAGAAAUGAAGAAAAAUUUCAGAAAGCUGCUAAGGUAUUAUCAGAAAAAAGACAAAUUCAACAAAAAAUUCUAGAUUGGAUUAUAUUACACAAACAAAUCUAUGGUUUAUAAAUCAUAGUAUUUCGUAGGUAACUACGCAUUUCGUAACUUAAUGAUAUAAUAUGUAUAUUAAAAAAUUAUGUAAAUAUUAAACGUAAAUGUGAAGCAUUGAUGUGUCCACAGGAAAGUACACGUACUAUUAAGAUUCAUUCAUCUGCAGAUGCAGAACUUAAUUUAAAAUACAUACUAUCUUCCUUUUGCGCCAUGUUUUCGAAUGAAAACGUUAAAAAAAAGUAUUAUGUAAUUAUUUCGUGUACCUGUAGUUUUAAUUUUUGUGGAUUAUGGUUGUUGAAAGGACAAUUUAUAAGAUGCAUUCAGUCCAUCAGGUUUAUGUUAACAUCGGCAUUUUCAUUAAAUCCUACCAAAGAGACCGGAUCGAAUCGAACAGGCCGUUUAUCACAAACGGUUAUUGUGAAAUUUAAAUAAUUGGCAAAUACUGUACAUAUAUAUAUAUAUAUAUAUAUUUUAUGACGAUUUUCUUUGUUACCAUGUCAACGCGCAGUUAUGCGCUUUUAUGUUUUUUCGGCGUGAAUAGAAUUUCCAGGUGUAAUUGCAUAAAAGUGUGAUUAUUAUCUUAAACUUGUGUAAUACACAAAUAUCUAUAUAUAAUACAAAUGAUUAUUAUUUA